CGGUCCAACAAAACAGUAAUUCGCGAAAUGCAAUUCUACAGCUCAGCCCUCGGGAAGCCAGACCGACCCGCGCAUCGCACUUUUGAGUGAUUUUCACUUUUGACGUUGAAGACGCUCGCGCGCGCGUGGGCGGUCGCGUGACACGGGAUGACGCGUCGUAUAUGAUGCGCGCCGAGGAGAAGAGCGUCUCAUUCCCUGCGAACCCGGAGACAGCGGCGCGCGCGUCUGGACUCUCACUCAGGCGCGAGGCUGCGGAGGAGCGGGAUCUCUGCGCGCGCGCGCUCGAGAGAGAGAGAGAGCUUCUCUUCUGUUCACCCGGAGAGCGACACCUGCGCGAACUAUGUGAAGGUUUCCUUCAGAGCAUCUCUGACCAUGCUGUUCCCUGCCUCAAAGUCCGAUGUUAAAUCUGUUCUGGACGGAGUGGCAGAAACCACGUUCAGAACCAUCACUUCUGGACUGCAGUACAUCGCUAACAACGACGUCGGCGCCUACGAAGACCACAUCAUCGAUGGCGACUUUGGCAAGAGCGGAGGAUACCCGCUGCCGAAGCCGUUCGCAGCCUACCGCCGAAGCUCCUUCGCGGACAAAGUGGGACCGGAUGAGGAGCUCAUCAUAAAAGGUAUCCCCUUUUACCCCACCAACAGCUCCGAUGGGUUCGGGAACUUCAGCCUCGGAGACGAAGGGAGCAGCCUGCAGUGCGGGGAGAACUUUAUGGACAUGGAAUGCUUCAUGAUACUGACUCCCAGCCAGCAGCUCGCCAUAGCUGUGCUGUCUCUCACUCUGGGGACUUUUACGGUGUUGGAGAACCUGGUGGUCCUCUGCGUGAUCCUGCAGUCGCGUACGCUGCGCUGCAGGCCCUCGUACCACUUCAUAGGCAGCUUGGCCAUCGCGGACCUGCUCGGCAGCGUCAUCUUCGUCUACAGCUUCCUGGACUUUCACGUCUUUCACCGCAAAGACAGCCCCAACGUGUUUCUGUUCAAGCUUGGGGGCGUGACGGCCUCGUUCACCGCGUCUGUGGGAAGCCUGUUCCUCACCGCCAUCGAUCGCUACGUCUCCAUCCACCGGCCGCUGGCGUACCGGCGCAUCGUGACGCGCACCAAAGCCGUGAUCGCCUUCUGCAUGAUGUGGGCCAUCUCCAUCAUCAUCGCCGUGCUGCCGCUGCUGGGCUGGAACUGCAAGCAGCUCAACUCGGUCUGUUCCGACAUCUUCCCGCUCAUCGACGAGAACUACCUGAUGUUCUGGAUCAGUGUGACCACCAUCCUGGUCGUCUUCAUUAUUUACGCCUACAUGUACAUCCUGUGGAAGGCGCACCAUCACGCCGUGAGGAUGCUGCGGCGCACGUCUCAGAAGAGCCUGGUGGUGCACUCCUCCGACGGGACCAAGGUCCAGACGGCCCGGCCGGAUCAGGCUCGCAUGGACAUCCGCUUGGCCAAAACGCUGGUCCUGAUCCUGGCCGUGCUGGUGAUCUGCUGGGGGCCUCUGCUGGCCAUCAUGGUGUACGACCUGUUCUGGCGGAUGGACGACAACAUUAAGACAGUGUUUGCGUUCUGCACUAUGCUCUGCCUGCUCAACUCCACCGUUAACCCCAUAAUCUACGCCCUCAGGAGUAAAGACCUGCGGAGGGCCUUCCUCGCCGCCUGCCAGGGCUGCAGGAGCACCUCCAGCACCAGCCUGCAGCUGGACAACAGCCUGGAGUCGGAUUGUCCGAGGAAUCAGCACAUCGCCGCCAACCGUGCAGCCGAGAGCUGCGUCAAGACCACUGUGAAAAUUGCCAAAUUGACAAUGUCCGUCUCAGCGGAGACUUCGGCGGAAGCCGUUUGAUUGCGCGGGAUGCACCUCGUCUCGAAAGAAUGUCACGGAAAGCUACACGCGCGAAGUUCAAAACACAAAAGCUGCUUAAGUUAUCACUGGUCCGAUGAAGUGUCCGCCAUGACGUUUCAUCGCUUAAGUGCCAAAUUUGGUUUUCGUUUUUGUUUUCUUCUCAGAAAAGGUACUCACCCAGUAAACGAAUUUGUUGGGGGUGUUUAUUUGUCGUUGUCGUCGUCGUCGUUUGCCUUUAUAUUUAACUGUAACGUGUGUGGAUGUUGUGCGUGCUUUAUGAAAGUUUACUAUAUUUUUAUACUUUGAAUUUUUGUUUUUUUGAACAAUGAUAUCUUCUCACAUGGGAAUAAGGGGCUAAUGAUCUUUUUAAUAAAACCGUGUAAGUAUGAAUUAAAAUACACACACACACACACACACACAUAUAUGGUAUCUAUGUAAAUAUGUGUAAAACUCUAUGGUGAUUUAGUGUAUCCAACAUUAUUGUGAUAAGCGACAAAAGAUGAGACUCUCUGUUGUUGAGACGUCUUGUUUUGCCAAUGAAAUAAUGGAAAGUAUUAUAAGAGGAGAAAGUUCGUGAAUAAUGAAAGCAGGAAAAGUCAUUUGUUAGCAAAUGUAUUGAAUCUCGUUUACUAAGAUAUAUUUGGUCCGUUACAGUGUUAUUGUUGUGAGGAUCAGAAAAAAGACACGUUUUCAACGUUUUUUUUUAACAAGAUGGCCUGUAACUGUGGUUUGUCGUCACAAUCCGAUUGUCGGUUUUUAUUCAGUCAUUCUUGCCGAUGUAUUUCUCUGAGAUGCAAAGUCAAAUUUUACAAUAUGCACAAAGCCCAGAGAAAAAUAAAACGGCUAAAAAGAAAUACUUGUUAAUAGAACAUUUGUAUUUGAGCUCGUAGUUAAUUAAACGAACGACUGAAAUGUACAUAACAUGAUAGUUAGUAAUAUUCCUUAAAACCGUGAUAUGGUGUGGUGGUGCUUUCUGUUUGCACUGUUCAAAAGUAAAGGUACAUUCUUUACAUGAAAUGCAUCUACUUAAAUAUCGAAGCUUAAAAAUCAUAAAACGUCAGUGGCUUUUGUCCAAAAGUAGUUCUUGAAAGUCUGUCACAAAUUAUGUCUUAAAAUACAGAAGCUGCUUGCACACUUAUGUAUCACAAUUUAGAUUUUUUUUUUUUUUUUUAAAUAAAGUCAGUGCUGACCUAAA